AUGGCAGCAGCAGUCGUCAACCUGACUCCUGCGGCUGGCGACCAGCAUGCAGAGACCGAUGUGCAGAUGGCCGAUGCACCGCCAACCGUCACUCAUCCUCGAAAGUUCAAGGCGUCAGAGCUGCCCCUCACUUCAGCGACUAGGACGGCCAUUGAUGGACUUGCCCACGCCUUUAAGAAGAAGGGAGGCUAUGAUGCGACGCGCAAGCAGGUCUGGGAUACCUUCGAGGCCAGUGAUCAGCGGGAGCAGAUCACAAAGGCAAUCCUCGAAGUCGCCGAGGAGGAAAUCGAACGGAAUCCAACCCAGCUACUGACGCUCGACCGCGGCAAAGCCGUCGCCCUUAUCGACGGCGCGCUUGACCGCACGGGUGUCUACAGAAAAGCCGAGGCCCUCCUUGAAAGCCUGAUCGACGUUGGCGCAAUCGAACAACAGAUCCGCGAGCUUCGAAAAAUUGAGGUCGGUGAAGAUGUGGCCGAGGAAGAGCGGAUCCAGGGCGCAAAGACAGAUGAAGAAUAUGCUGCCGAAAUUGGCGCCAGAAGGGCUGAGCGCGAUAAGAAGUAUGCUGAUCUGAAGGCCAUGGAAGAGGAAAUCGCCCGUCAGCGCAGGGAAAUCGCUGAGAGGGAAGAACGCGCCGAGCAGAAGAAGCGAGAGGCUGAGAGAGCUGCACGCGAAGCAAAGCGGAAAGAAGAGCGGGAGAAGGAACGAGAGAGGGAGAAAGAGCGUGAACGGGAGCGCGAGCGUGAACGCGAACGAGGGAGAGACCGAGACCGGGACCGAGAAAGAGAUCGUGACAGAAGCCGAGAGAGGAUUCGUGACCACCGAGACAGAGACAGAGACAGGGAAAGGGACAGGGACAGGACCAGGGAUAGGGACAGGGACAGAAGUCGGGACCGAGAUCGACGUGACAGAGCUCGGUCAAGAGUUCGCUCACGAGAUCAUUCGCGCAACCGCUCAAGGGAUCGACACCGACGGCGCCGAAGCCCAAGAGAGGAAAGCCGUGGCCGCAAAGAAGUCACCAAGAAGGAGCUCUCGAAAGAAGAGCUCUCUCGCCUCGAGGAAGAGGCUUUGGCUGACCUGCUUCGGGAUAGCAAACGUGUCUCCUCUAAGCAGCCUGAGUUGGAGAUCGACGAGGAACUCAAGCCACCGCCUCGCAAAAUCAAGCCGGCGUCUGCGAUCAACCCUAUUCGAAAAUCGUCUCAAAAGGUGGCGGAGGUGAAGAAAGCCCCUGAAGUGUUGCCAGCGAAGUCGAAACCUGAGGGACCUUCGGAGACGAAAGACGUGAAGUCUUCCAAGGAAAGCAAACCAGCAGAUGCCGACAAGGAACCAAAGGAAGCCAAAUCCAAAGAAGAAAAGAAGCGAGCACCUACGCCCCCGAGGAACCGUUCGCCGUCUCGCCGCAAAUCACGCUCUCCAGCUGCGGCGUCUCGGGACACCCGAGGCAGGAGCCGUCAUCGGACACCGAGCCCCAAAGCGAGGACGUCUUCGCUCAAGGAAGACCCGCGGAAGGACUCUCACCGGGACUCUUCUCCAUCGAAGCGUCGGAAUACAGAUGACAAGGACCGCGCUUCAGAUGCUCACAGGCGCCGCGAUAAGUCCAGCUCACCCGGAGCCGAGACCGCCACCCUCGGAGGUCAAGAAGCCGCUCAGUCCGGCGCCGCCGAUCGAGGAGUAGGUCUAUCAGAAGAGAUGAUAGGAGGCGAACUCGCAGCCCUUCACGCCCUCGCGGCGACCACUACACAUCUUACCGGAGGUCGAGAUCGCCCCGCAGGCGAAGUCCUUAUCGAGCAGACCGACGCGACACAUCGAGAUCAGAGGUCGAAGAGUGCAGACAAGGCAAGAAGGAGAUCGAAAUCUAAAGAGAGCCGCCUAGACCGCCCGCCAGCAUACCUCGACAAGGAAGAGAAAGAGGCAUGGAAGCAAGACGAGGUCAAAAAGCGAGAGCGUGAAGCGAAGGCAUACCUGGCGGCUCAGAAGGAAGCACGCGAGAAGGGUAAGCCUGUGCCUGGCAUCGACUUCGAAGUGGAUGACGAACGUGGCGAGCGUUCCGAACGGUCUCCCGAGGUCAGACGACGGGCGCCGGAUGACAUCGAUCGCUAUGUGCCGCCAGCGCGGGUCGAUUCACAUAGGCCCGAUCGCGACCGGGACCGGGACAAGGAACGGGACCGGCCAAAGGAUGAUAGACGAGACAGCCGUCGGGAGUCUGUCAUUCGUCGGGAUUCAAUUAUCCGCCGCGACCGCAGCGCUUCAACCACUCGUCGUCGCAGUCGAGAACGAGUCGGCCUCGCCACCGAGUCAGGGACGACUCUCGUGAACGUGAUCGAGACCGUGAUCGAGAUCGUGACCGAGACCGCGACCGUGACCGAGACCGUGACCGCGACCGCAAUAGAGAUCGCGACAGGGACCGGGAUAGGGACCGGGACCGCGAUCGGGACAGAGACCGAGACACAGCCAGGGACCGCGAUCGAGACAGGGACAGGGUCAGAGAUCGCUCACCACGUCGGGAUCGUCGGGACCGCAGCUCGAGUCGGCGCCGUUAGCAGCGGUAUCGACCAGAGAGUAACGUCAAGCGGGAGCGGACUGAAGAUCCUGUAG